ACAGAGGGAGCAUUAUCGGACUUCAUCGCAGAGCAUUUGGGUAUCGGUAAUACCAGUCAUUCCAAGGCGAUUGAACCUCAAGUGCAUUUUGCCUUGAUGACAUUGAGGCCGUCGCCUGUGAAUGGCGUGCCCCAACCCAUUACGAACGGAAAGACAUCGGUGGUGAUGUGUAAGGACGGCUCAGGUCUCGACCUCAACUACCGGGCUACUAGUAAACUGGUCAAACGCCAA